AUGGCAUACAACAAACACGAUCUUCGCAACGAAUAUCCGGCCCGCCGCCGGCACCAAUCACCGACUUACUCUGACUUGAGCGUCGGAAGUCCAGAAUACAGCCCAAAAAGAGAUGCGGGGGCUGUUCGAGUAGCACACAGACAUGACGAGUCACCCGAUCACAGAGGCCGAAUUGAAGUCUACGAAGAAGACCGAUACAAUCCAAGAGAUAGAGACUACUAUCAUGAAGAAAGACGUCCACGCUCACGACCAAGAUCCGAGGCCUACGACCACGGCCGGAGUCAUCACAGCCACAACCACGGGCACCAUCACCACCAUAGUCACACACGCAGCAGGAGCAAGCGGAGGCAUUCUACCUCCGGCCCCAACUGGGGCCAGGCCGCUGUUGCAGCUGCUAGUGCCGGCAUCAUCGAGGCUGGGCUAGCACGACAUGACAGAGACCGAACUGCAAGAGUUAUGACGGCAGCAGCGGGUGCAGGGGCGAUCGAUGCCAUCGCUGGGAAGCAAGGCGAGAAGCCGCAUAGGAGCUGGGAAAAUGUCGUUGGCAGUACAGUUGGUGGGUUGGUCGUUGACCGUUUGGCCCAUGGAUCGGGACGGCGGCACUGA